AUGAGUUGCAUACAUUGCGGAAAUAAUUCUAAAUACAAAUGCCCGACGUGUCUACAACCUUAUUGUUCGGUUGCUUGCUAUAAAUGUCACAAAGAAAAUCCUUGCUCUGCCCCCACUCCAACAGAGCCACCAGUAAAUUAUACUGAAGAAAAUAAGAUUGAAUAUGAAUACCCAACAGAAGAUACCGUGCCAAUAGAAAAAUUAAAGUUACUAGAACAGUCAUCAGAACUUAAGAAAUGUAUAGAAAAUCCUCACUUGAGAGAAAUGUUGGAAAUAUUAGACAAAUCCUCUCAUCCUGAUGCAUUGAUUAGAGAAUAUAUGAUAGAGCCUAUAUUCACUGAAUUUGCUGAUGCAUGCUUAAAUGUUGUGCAGCCAAAAAAUGAUGAUUGCUAA